CACUAAUCCAAGAACAUAAGAAAGUACUGAAACACCUAUGUAUAUAAGGCUUUCGUCUGCCGUAAUUCACAGUAGACUUCUUUUUGUUGUUGACUAAUAAUGUUAGCCCUUCGCUUGUUUCUAGUGCUGCAGUGCAGUCUGUUGGUUCUGGCAGGCGUUUGUUUAAUACCGCAGCCCAUUAAAAGACAGCGCUCACUAAAGGAUGUAAUGGAAAAACCCUGGAAGCUAUCUCCUCGCUUGGAUGGUCGUAUCGUGGGCGGUCAUCGCAUUAACAUAACCGAUGCACCGCAUCAGGUUUCUCUGCAGACUUCCUCUCAUAUUUGCGGAGGCUCAAUCAUUUCGGAGGAGUGGAUACUGACUGCUGCCCACUGUACUUAUGGUAAAACAGCGGAUCGCCUGAAAAUCCGCUUGGGCACCAGUGAAUUUGCUCGCAGUGGUCAACUACUCCGAGUCCAGAAGAUCGUCCAGCAUUCCCAGUUCAACUACACCAAUGUGGACUAUGACUUUUCUCUGCUCCAGCUUGCUCAUCCUAUUAAGUUCGACGAAACCAAAAAGGCCAUUAAGCUGCCUGAGCCUCAGAUGAAGUUCAUGGACGGCGAGACCUGCUUCGUAAGUGGUUGGGGGAAUACCCAGAAUCUGCUGGAGUCUAGGGAGUGGCUACGGCAGGUGGAGGUGCCUCUGGUUAAUCAGGAACUGUGCAGUGAAAAGUACAAGCAGUACGGCGGUGUCACCGAGCGCAUGAUCUGUGCCGGAUUUCUGGAAGGCGGAAAGGAUGCUUGCCAAGGCGAUUCCGGUGGUCCAAUGGUCACCGAAGCCGGUGAGCUGGUGGGAGUGGUUAGUUGGGGCUACGGCUGCGCUAAGCCCGACUAUCCGGGUGUCUAUUCCCGAGUAAGUUUCGCUCGGGACUGGAUCAAGGAGCACAGUGGAGUUUAAGUCUUUGAAUCCUGCAAAAGACAAGAAAAGACAACAAAUAAAAUAAUUGAUUUAAAAGUUAAUAGUUGAU